GUUAAUAUAAUAAGCCAUUUAAAAAUGAUAAAAAAAAAUUUAAGAAAGACAGCCUGGACCUUGAGUAGUCCUGUACCAUUCCAUCUUUCUGUGGGACCAACAAUCUUGGACCCACAUGUCGCCACGUUGCAGAACCUCAACUCUCUACCCGUGUGGUAUCUCUCUCUCUCUUCCUUCUGUAUGUCGCUCUACCGUGUUUUAUAUAUUUGCUUAAACGUGAAAUAUUGUUGCUAACAAUGACAUGCGGUGCCUUGCUGCAUUUGACAACUGGAGAGUCCGACGUUGAUGCAUGAAAUGAUAUUAGUAGUAGCAGUACAGAAAAAGUCACAGACCAUUAAAUCAUGUUGAAGAAAUGUCUCACACCACCUGUGAAGCAAAAAUAAUCACAAUACGAUAUAUAGAUUUUUGAACAAAAGAGGAUAAAAAUACUCUUGAGGCACAACGAGAUUUCUACGCGUGAGCAGCGGGUAAUCAUCUCUCAGCCAAGUCAAAAAUGCCAAAAAAAUGUAACAAUUCAAAAAUCAUCUCAUCAAAUCCCUCUUAUAAGGUAAUUCCUAAAACCUACCGCAUUCCAUAUAUAUUUACCUCUUUCUUUCCUUCUUUUAUCUAAUUAAUUAAGUUAUUAUUACAUAACCUCCAAAAACUCCCAAAACAUUUCUUUUAUUAUGAUAAUUAGCCAAUUAAUAUAUUUAUACCUAAUUAAUAUAUUAAUUGCUAAUUUAAUCACCAAAUAACAUGCCAAAAAACACUUAAAAGCCGGCAACCUUUUCUCCAAAGGGGACUCCCCUAUAAAAGUCCUAUUCUCUUCUCCAAAAGACACUUCUCAUUCUCUUGCUAAAAUUCUCCAAAAUUAUCAAACAUUUUCUCUCUAAAUUCUAACUUUGGCAUCGGAGGCUCUUCAGCCAAAGCCCCCUCAUUCAUCGUGGACGCGUGAGGCUCUUGGCCUUGACCUAAUGUGUAAAUUGUUUUAUAGGUGCAAUCUUGUCCAAGAUCAAUGAGGAAGAAAUUUGCAUCCACACCACCGAUCAAACAACACAAAUUAGAACUUAUAUUACUUUAACUUUUAAUUGGAUCGACGUCUUUUGUAGAAGGCCUUCAUACAAUUACACGAGUGAUUAAAUGAGGAUAAUAUUAAUAUAAUUAGCAUUGAAUCACGACGCAUAUCUCUUAAAACUUAUACAAACCUUACUCAUCAUUUCACGUAAGACGCCAUUUGGUUCUUGACCAAGAGAAAUGUUAAGGAGACUCUCUCAAAAGUGGACUUUUUAUGAACUAUUUGUCACUUCACAAUUUAAAAUCAAUUCCCGUGGCAAUACUAUAAAUAUUGUGCAAAAAACAUAAAGCGAUAGGAAUCCAAAAAGAAUCCCACUUUUAAGAAUUUCGUUAGCAUUUCUCCUUGACAAAAUAUGUGGCUCUGAGUUAGGAAACUACUUUUCUAGCAAAUUGGAGUUGGGAAUACUAUACAUGUCAUGGCUCAUGUCAAGACUUUUGACUUUCGACCCAAGUAUUAGUUCUCUGAUCGAUUUCUAUAAAUAAAAGUAAGACGAGAGAUGCAAACCAAAUCAAGGAAAUUGUGAGUUAAUGAUACAGAAAUUGGAAUUGGAGAACAUGACAGAGAAGCUCCUUUUGUUUGUCCUUUUAUUUAUUUUCUUGGCAAACGCUAGUACCUCAACCCCAUCCCCGCCCUCCAACAUUCACAACCAAACUCAAAGUCCAAAACAUUUUGUAUUGAUACAUGGAGCUUGUCAUGGAGCAUGGAGCUGGUAUAAGGUGGCAACUCUCCUCAAGGACUCAGGUCACAAUGUCACAGCUCUAGACUUGGGAGCAUCCGGGAUCAACCCGAUUAAGGUACAACAACUCCCUUCGUUAUCGGAAUUCGUCGAGCCUUUGACAAAGGUCAUGGUGUCUCUACCACCAAAUGAAAAGGUUGUCCUUGUGGGUCACAGCUUGGGUGGAGCAGUCAUAUCUAUUUUCAUGGAGAGGUUCCCUCAGAAAAUCGCUGCUGCAGUAUUUGUCACGGCUGUCAUGUAUGGUCCUACAUUGAAUUUCUCAGCUGCAUAUGCAGAGGUUACCAAAGGAUUUGACGUUAUGGACUCUCAAUACAUAUAUGACAACGGGACCAACAACCCUGCAACCUCCUUUCUCUUCGGGCCUAAGGUCAUGGCGACAAGCUUGUACCAGCUCUCACCACCACAGGAUUUAAAUCUAGCGUUAUCAUUGGUGAGACCUUUUCCUAUAUAUAAUUAUGAUGUAAUAAAACUCACGAAGGAGAAGUAUGGAUCAGUUCGUAGAGUAUUCAUCGUGGCCGACCAAGACCAUGCGAUUGCGUUGGAUGCGCAAAAUUACAUGAUCAAGUACAAUCCCCCAAAUGAAGUGAAAGUGAUAAAAGGUUCUGAUCACAUGGUCAUGUUCUCUAAACCAGUGGAGUUGUUCUACCACCUCCAAAGUAUUGCUGAGAAGUAUUCAUAAGGACAUGGACGGACAUGAUUAAUUCAGGCAUGCUAGGUAGCCUGCGUUGCAUGCACCAUAGUACAAAAUGUAAAUGAAUAAAUGUGAUUGUUUUAAGUACUAAUAAUUAUGUGUCCAUGAACUUUAGUUCAAGAGGCAUGACGCACUACUACAAACAUGGUCACUGCGUUUAGCUUGGCUUGUGGUCGCUUCUCAUUUUUCAAGGUUAUGUUUUAUUUUUUACAAUAAACGAUAUUAUCUA